UUUGUGAUUUCCAAUAUUUACAAUUGCACCUGAAGGCAGCAAAGCAAGCCCCGUAAUUUUGGGCACUUUGAACCUAAGUCUUAAACUGCUGUCAUUUGCAUCAGAAUGUGGAAAAACUAGAAGAAUCAAAGCCGUGUGGAGACAGAGGAGUGGUAAAGGGAGAGGUAGUCUACAGCUUCGGCUCUGCUACAGGGAGCGCUGUGUACCCCCGCGCAGCUUUGCGGCGUUUUGCGACCAGUUUUUAUCAUCAUCGUCUUCUCCAAAAUGUCCCUCCGCUACCUCGACAAAGUUGUGAUUGUCACCGGAGGAUCCAAAGGCAUUGGCAGAGGGAUUGUUAGAGUCUUUGGUAUGGUAAUUUAUCGCUACAGAGGCUGUAUAUUUGGAUGUGUUUGUGAAUAACGCACCUAAUAUUUUGCGUCUUUUUUAGUGGAGAAUGGUGCCAAAGUGGUGUUCUGUGCAAGAGGGGGUGAGUACUCAUGUUUUAUUCUGCUGUUUUUCAUUCAAACUUGAAAUGUUCAGCGUCCUUGAGGAAAGGUUUUGUUAUUUGAUAAAUAUCUAAAACAGAUUGAUGCACCAUUGUAUCAAGGUACAACUUCAGUUCAAGAGAAAUAUAUUUCAUUGAAGUUUGUAUUUCAUUUCUUUCCUUUAUGUUCCGCAGCUUCAGCAGGUGAAGCCCUUGAGGCAGAGCUAAACAGUAAAGGGCGAGUCUCAUGCAAGUUCAUGUCAUGUGACGUCUCCAAAGAGGAAGACAUUAAGGUAAAGGUGUAGGCUAACUUUACUGCUAUUUGUCUUGUUAUGACUGAGAUCAUAAAAAGUUUACAGAUCUUCUGAAGAUGAAGAUCUGAUUUCAGAUCCACAAUUGGCUCAUUUUUUAACUUGAGCUUUUGAGACAACAAACCCUGAAUCAAGAUCUGAACUCUGUUUGGUUUUAACCAGCUUCAUAUUUGCUUUAGCUCCUGUUUGCUCUGCGGGGUGUAAAGCUAAAGGUGCCUCACUGGUUUAUCUUGCCUGGUUUUCACAGAGACUGGUGGCCUUCACAGUGGAGACAUAUGGAUACAUCGACUGCCUAGUGAACAACGCAGGGUGGCGUGAGUCCUAAUAUUGUUAUAAUGGGCAGGUUCUCCAGUGGGCUUCUGGAUGCACAAAAAUAUCAGAUACUUAUAUUUUUAAAUGUCUUUGUAUUCUCUCCUUAUUAAGACCCUCCUCAUAAACCUACUGAUGUCACCACUGCUGAAGAGUUCAGGGAUCUGCUCAAUCUCAACCUCAUCAGCUACUUCCUGGCAGCUAAAGUAAUUCUACUCCUUUCCAAUUUAUUCAUUAACACAUUUAAGAAAAAAUACAACUAAGUGAUACCAAAGUGCUGGACAAUAGAAUAACUAAAACGAAGGUAUAAUAUAACAAUAAAACAGAAGAAUAUGAUUUAAAACAUGCAAUAAAAUCUCCUUAAAAUAGUGCAUUGACUCAUACAAUGUUCAAGGCCAUGGCAAAUAGAUGUGUUUUUAAAAGAGAUUUAAAAACAGGACUGGAGGAGGCCUCUCUAAUAUUUUAAUGGCAUCUCAUUCCACAUUUUAGGAGCCACUACUUAAAAAGCCAAUCACUUAUCAGCUUCCUCUGAGACCUAGGGAUGGCCAAGAGUGGUGGGGCAUAAGACGUGAACAUUUUUGUCUUACAAUGUUCUUAAAGCUUUGUGAGGAGUUUUUGGCUGGUGAUGAAACACACAGAAACCUGUGUCUCUUUCAUACCCCAAAAAGCAAACAAGAGGAUUGACUUUUUAAAUAUAUAUAGUUAUUUUUGUCUGAAACCACUGAAAAGGUGCUUGGAGUGAGAUUAAAUGACUAAAUGCAAACUACUGAUCCAGCCUUUACUUACAUAGUGUCUGGUAAAAGAGAGCAGGAUGAGAUGUUUUGUCAAAAAACAAUUAUAAAACAUGUCCAGGACCAAUUUCAGUGAAGUCCUGAUUGUCCACAGGUGACACCAAAAUCCACACAAACCAGAGACUUCACAACAUUUCUGAUGAAAAUUCUGUCUGUAUCAGUUUUGGACAAAUUGGGACCUUUUUGCCUGUAACCAUCACAGCAGUAACAGGCAUUUAAAAUACAACAGGAAUUGUCAGCCUUGUCCCCACCAGUCUAGUUUAUAUACAAAGAAAUGCAAACUUCAAGAUGUUUCCAAACUCCUCAAAGAGCUUUAAAAUAGCAAAAAGUCCAUCUAAACUCCCUCCUAUAAAUGCUGUUUCCAUUAUUACAACAGUUAGCAUUGUUCAUUUUAAAAUAACAGGGAUUUUGAACCAUUAAUAGGGAAGAAUAGCAUAACAACAUAGAAGAAAAUAGGGUGCGGAAAAAAACAGAUAUUAACAAGUAAUCAUGUAUUUAAGAAGGCAAAGACUCUUGGUCUCUUAGGGAGGUUAUAUUAUGUUAGAGAAGUUCUUCCUGGAACAUAAAAGCAUUAAAAUAUUGUACCUAGGUUUUAUUCUAAGUUACUGGAACUUGGACAAUAUCCCACCAUUGAGUGCAACUUAUGUGAAUUGAUCUGAGAGAUAAAUAAAGUAUCUGUCUAUCUAUCGUAGUGUGGAAAUGAGGAAAAGUGUAAGGAAAUUCUGUCGCUGACCUCCAGAAGCUCAGUAUGUGAUAGAUACAGGGAGAUGCAGUGCUAUAUAUUAUAUAACGUUUACAUAUCUCCAUAUAUCCAUAGUAUAUUCACAACAGCCGCCUCCCCUGUCUGUCCAAUAUGGAACAAAUUCUGGAGCUUGAGUACUUUUGCUUUAGGAGAGUAAAAAAUACAGACAUUAUUGAAUGUGGAGAUAUCAGUUUGGUGCAAGGCCAAUAUCUAUCUCCCAGUCUACUAAGAAAUAUCACAGGUCUCUUAAAUGGAUAAAAUAAAAUAAUUCAGUUUCUCCUCACAGUGGUUAGGAAAGCUUUAAUGGUGAGUCUUGGGAAUGAGUCUGCUUGUGUUCAGCUGUGAAAAUCUCUGUUAUCUGAUCUUGAAGACUUAAAAACAGGCAACUGGACUGUGUAGAGUUGAGAAGACGUUUCGCCUCUUAUCCAAGAAGCUUCUUCAGUCCUAAAAGUGCUAGUGUCAGGAGCAGAUAUUUAUCUUCCUGGAGAAGGGGGACAGUUAACGACUGGCUGGAGUUGAAAAGAAUGGGUCGUAGAAACCCAUCUCUCGGUGUGUCCCCCCCAAGUCGUUAUUCUGAAAGGGUCGUUAGCAACUCCUAUCAUGUGACCACAUGACUCAUGCCACCUGAGUCAUGUGGUUCCAGGUGUGAAUGUUUGUGGAGCUUUCUGGGGAGAGAGCUGAGAACUGCAUUGUAAGUGCCAGAGAGAUUGUUGCCUGAGUCCACCCCCUCUGUUCAGAGAAGGUUUCUCCAGCCUGGUAAAGAUGGCUUCUUUAACUCCUCUUUCAAACCAUCUGUCUUCUCGAGCCAACACCUGUACAUCGCUGUCCUCAAAAGAGUGACCCGUAUCCUUCAAGUGAAGGUGGACAGCUGACCUGACCUGAGGAAGUGGCUCUCCUGUGUUGAGCCAUGCGCUUGUGAAGCGGUUGUUUAGUUUCCCCAAUGUACAGGUCUGAGCAUUCCUCGCUGCACUGGACAGCAUAUACCACAUUACUCUGUUUAUGUCUCGGUGUUUUGUCCUUGGGACGGACUAGCUUCUGCCUUAGUGUGUUACCAGGCUUGAAAUGAACAGGAAUGUGGUGUUUGCCAAAGAUCCUCUUGAGUUUUUCCGACAGGCCUGCAACGUAAGGGAUUACAGUGCUCUUGCGUCUCUCCUCCCUUUCCUGUUCAGUGUUAUUUCUCUUUCUGUUCUUCACAAAGGCCCACUUAGGGUAUCCACAGGUUGUCAGGGAAUUUUUGAUGUGCUUUUGUUCCUUUUCCUUACCUUCUUUCUUCGUGGGAAUGUUCUCGGCCCGGUGGUUGAGUGUUCUGAUGACACCCAGUUUGUGCUGCAGAGGAUGGUGGGAAUCAAAAAGUAGAUAUUGAUCCAUGUGUGUUGGUUUCCUGUACACUUCAAACGUUGAGACACCCAUCUCACUUGGAGGCAGAUGGGGCAGAUUGAGGCAGAUUGAAGAAAGGUCUGAUUCGUUUAAAAACAUGAAAGAAACGCUAUUUGAAAAGCUAAAAGAUUAAAUUGAUGAUUCUUUUUAAGACCUGAAAUCUCUUGCUCUUACACUGAACAUAGAAAACAAAAGUUCAAUGAGAAUAUAAGGAAAUGUGGGCCCCAAGGAUGAUAAAACAAAACCAAAUACUAGAAACACUCUAGUGUAGCAUAUCUUGUUAAACACCUUUUAAAUUCACCAAUAAUUAACAUGCCAGUAAAAAUAAUCUACACAGUUAUCCUUAUGAAAACUUAUUUGGUUUGUAAGCACUAGAUUGUACAAAUGUCCCUGAGUUGUACCCUGUUGGUGAAUAUGCCACCUUUGAAAGUCAUGGAGGUCUCACUCUGUCUUCAGUAUGCUUUACCAUACCUGCGACAGCGUCAGGGAAACAUCAUCAAUGUGUCCAGUUUGGUGGGAACCAUCGGUCAGAAAGAUGCGGCUCCUUACGUUGCAACCAAGGUGAGACAAGAGCGUUGAUAAUGAUCACCGAGUCUCAGCUGAGAUAGAGGACCUACAAUGUGCUUUUUUUCCACAAGGGGGCGAUAAUUUCCAUGACAAAGGCGAUGGCGGUGGAUGAGAGUCGCUUCAACGUGAGAGUCAACUGGUGAGCCAAAGUUGUUUCAGUGUUCGGACUGGUUUCUCCUGCUCUGGCUCUGCUUUUCUGUUUGUUUAAAUGUGCAGGGACAGCAUUUCAGAUGUAAAAAUACCAGAGACUGCAGACUGUUGAUAAUGUAAUGACAUUGGAGCUAAUUUCGUCAUCUAUACAAUGAGAAAACAAGGGUAAAAACAGUUUAGAAUGGGGUUGAAUCAAAAACAAUGCUUUAUGUUGUAAUGGCAUCAUUUAAUUAAUUGUCUUUAUGAAUCUUUAUCUAAAACCAACUCUUUAAUCCAUUUAGUGUACUUGAUUGAAAUAUACAAUAUAUGCUGAAGAUGAUACAUGAGAAAAAAAUCUCAGUGGUGUGAUUUUGACUCAAGCCAAAAAAUAGAUAAAUAACCCCACAUUGAUUCAGUUUGAAAGACUGGGCUAAUCUCAGGACUCCUGUAAAAAUUUGCUUUUAAUGAAUGUUACUGUGAUAUUAUGUAACUUCUGGGUCAUGGCCCACAAACAUAUAACUUGAUGUCAUAUUCUCAGAGAAAUACUAUGCCGUCUUCUUGCAAAAUUGAUUUUCUCUCUGUAAUUCUAAGUUUUAAAGAAAUGGCCUGUCUUUCUGUUUCUAUAUUUCCCCCCCACUAAAGCCCUCUUAUGCUGCCAGAGAGAAAAGACAGGAUCUCUGUAUUAAGAGGCUGCACCUAUCAUAUUUUGGGUACCUUUAGGUACAAUAAUUUCCACUAAUAUUAAACAUACUGCAAUAUCAAACAUCUCUGCAACAAUGUCUGAGUCCUUUUCUGGUUUACCACUGCUCUUUUCUUAAAGAGCAUUUACAUAAAUCACUUGAGGAAUUUGCAAGUAUUAACUAAAGUAUCCUCUCUUGUCAAAUGAAACAGUCUGUCGUGUGUUGCAGCAUCUCCCCAGGUAACAUCCUGACACCUCUGUGGGAAGACUUAGCAGCACAGACACCAGAUGCUGCAGCCGCCAUUAAAGAGGGAGAAAACUCACAGGUGAAUUCUCAAAAGAUAUUUUAAAAGUUUUGGGUAUUGAAGAGCAGUAUUAUUGUCUAUAGUGAAUUUAAAAAGGUAUCGUUCCAUGCUGGAAACUUCUGGUUUCUGUGAAAGAGACAAUUGCAGCAGCAAACGGGAUCCCACAACAUUGUUUUGUUAAUGACCCACUCUGCAGACCUCUGCUGUCUUUCUAUUGGAUUGUAAAUUUUCUCCCUCUCUUUAAAUCCUGGGUUUCAACACCCACAGUUUCUGUUACAGGCUGUUUUUAUAACCAUGCAAAUUACAGCUGUCUUUUCAUCCCAGAGAGAAAAGGGGUUUGUAGCCAAAUGGCUGAUGCAACAAACUGAGACGUGGCCCUGUGGUCCUCCAGCAUGUUCUUACUUACUAAAAGCAGAAAUCUCGAGAUGAAAAUGUCAGGAUAUUUUUAAACUGGUCUAGAGUUUCUAGAGUUUCUUUUUUCAGUAUUGACACAUCAUACAAAACACGUAUUCUAUGUGGUUGUUACUAUUGAUAGAAUUGAUAAACAGUAUAAAAUGAAUCUAUUUAAAAUCUGAGCCUGGGUCUUGGAGCACUGUUGCACCUUUUUGGAAGCAGGAAAUAACAUAAGUUAUAAUGAAGUUGUAAUUUUUAACACCCUUUUUCAUCUAGGUUUUUGGGAGAAACCUAACUUUUGGAACUAAACAAAAAGAUUUGAGUUGACUCUGGCUGACUACAUUUCAUCCAUGGAGUCUUAAACUUUUUAGGAAAACUUUUGGGAGAACGGCUCAAACAAAUGAAGCCUUACUUUUAGUACUUGGCAAAUAGAUCUGAGCAGGGCUGUGUUUCUUACAGUGCAUCAAAACCGUGGGAUCAGCCACAGGCAUCAUAAACUCUAGGAAGUUGGCAUGCAACCACAAAUGUGUUGUUGGAAACUUUUCAGGAAUGUAAAGGACCCAUGUGUUUUUUUUCUCUCAUAUAGCUUCUGGGUCGUAUGGGGACAGAGGAGGAGAGUGGUCUGGCUGCCUUGUACCUCGCUGCUGAUGCUACCUUCUGCACUGGAAUAGAUCUGCUGCUCAGCGGUGGAGCCGAACUCAACUAUGGCUUCAAGAGUCAGAUCCCACCCUGAUGUCUUGCCUGAUUUUUGCAGUCGCCGCACAGUUGUGGAACAGCCGGUUUAACAGAUUAGUUUGUACUCAUGUAGAUUAUACACUAAAUCAAAGGGUAUAAUAUAUGACCAAUUUUGACUGUAUUCUGUACACUGUAUAUAAUAUCAGUUUACUCAUAAAGGCAUGGUGGUAUAGGACGGUUUCAGGUUUUGGAGUCCUUACCAGUACAUUACGACUCCUGUACCCCUCCCCUCCAUUCACCCAAUCAGCAUCAACCUCUCCGACCUCCAAUAACCUCCAGUAUUUGAGCCUUCAGGAGUCUACCAAUCAGAUGUCACGAUUUUGUCACGCCUCAAAUGACUUCCUGAAUGUACUAUUCAAUUCAUCAUUCACUGUAAACACAAUGAUAUAUUAUUAAACUGAUUUUGCUGCUCUUCUUA